CUUGCAGUUGGGAGUAAAGAGCCAAGUGUGGGAUGGUAACCGCCUCCCAGAGAAGGCAGCCUUUCACCGGAGAGAAGUAUCAGGUUGCUGUACUCCGGCUGUGGGUUGUCACUGUCUAAUAAUAUGACCGUUUUGCCAUCUCUCUGCAAAUAAGGCAGCAGCUGCUACCUGAUUGGUAUAACAUCUCACUUUCCCUCCUCAUUGAUUUUCUUGUUCUCCUCCUUUGCUUCAUAAAAAGAGGGACCAGUGGCUGGUGCUGUGGACAGAGAAGCUUGAUUUUUAGUAUGAGACAGCCUCUGUUUUCUUUCAGGAGAGGGAAGUUGGAUUAUCAAUUCUUUUGUAAAUGUGUAUGGUGAUAUUUGCUCCGCUUUUUGCCAUCUUUGCAUUUGCAACAUGCGGUGGCUAUUCCGGAGGCCUGCGGCUGAGUGUGGACUGCGUCAACAAGACGGAAAGUAACCUGAGCAUAGACAUAGCAUUUGCCUACCCAUUCAGGUUACACCAGGUGACGUUUGAGGUGCCCACCUGCGAGGGGAAGGAGCGGCAGAAGGUGGCCCUGAUCGGCGACUCCUCGUCUUCGGCCGAGUUCUUCGUCACCGUCGCCGUCUUCGCCUUCCUCUACUCCUUGGCCGCCACCGUCGUUUACAUUUUCUUCCAGAACAAGUAUCGAGAAAACAACCGGGGUCCUCUCAUUGACUUCAUUGUCACUGUAGUCUUUUCGUUCUUGUGGCUGGUGGGUUCGUCAGCUUGGGCCAAAGGGCUGUCUGAUGUCAAGGUCGCUACAGAUCCCAAAGAAGUACUCCUACUGAUGUCCGCUUGCAAACAGCCAUCCAACAAAUGCAUGGCGGUCCACAGCCCUGUGAUGUCCAGCCUGAACACUUCUGUGGUCUUCGGAUUCUUGAACUUUAUCCUGUGGGCGGGAAACAUCUGGUUUGUUUUCAAGGAGACCGGCUGGCAUUCCUCGGGACAGAGAUACCUUUCGGACCCCAUGGAGAAGCGCUCCAGUAGCUACAACCAAGGCGGGUACAAUCAAGACAGCUAUGGGUCGAGCGGGGGGUACAGCCAGCAGGCGGGUUUGGGGCCAUCCUCGGAUGAGUUUGGCCAGCAGCCCAGCGGCCCUGCUUCUUUUACCAAUCAGAUUUAACAGGGUAGGGUUGGCAUUCUUCUGAAGGUAGCCUCACCACCUUCCAUUUCAGUGGCAGAAGAAUUUUUUUUUUUUUUGAAGAGUUUCAAUUGUGAAUGCAGAGAGUGUUGAAUGUCAGCCGGAGCUCUGCAGUCCUCAUUACAGCAGGAAGGCCCGGGGCGUGAUAAAUAGUACUUAGAGAUGAGAUGACGUGAGGAGAUAUAUUAUGCAUUGCGGAUGGCUAGCUGGAGAAGCACCUUGUUACAUAUGCAGAUACUUCCACGGUCGUUUUGUGUGUGUGUGUGUGUUGAGCUAGUAGAAGCAUUUCGUAGCUUGACGUCCCUAGUCUGUGAUAUGCACAAAGGCAAUCAAAUAGCAUUGAGCUUUUUCAUGCGCUUUGAUGCGAAGGAUGUUUUAACGAUUUCUCUAAGAAAUUCGGUGCAUCACAACGUGCAUGUGUUACUUUUUUGGAUGCGGACCCUGUAGGAGUGUGAGUCACUUACGUAUCGGCUUCAGCCAAUCAGUCUGUAUUUUUUUUUUUCUAUUUGAUGUAUCAGUGCUCAUGUGAUUUAGUGCAUGAAUAAGCAUUUUCUCACAAAAUGAACCUCUGAACUGUAUUUACGAAAAUUUUCCAGUUUGCACCAUGAAUUUGUUAAAUGGACGUUUAAAAGAAAUACAUUCACUACUUUGUAUACUUGCAAAUUGGCCCCUCUGGCUUUAUCCAGUUCUGAAUGCAUUGUGACUAAGGUUUGGGGUUUUUUUUUUUCUUUUCCCUGUUAGUAGAUACUCAGUGUUAUAGAUGGUAUUUAUUCUAUUUAGUUAGCUAAAUAUUUACAUUCCUGUAACUUUCUAUGGUGUUUUGUGGUUCUUAUAUCUAUGGACUAUGAAUAAUACAACCAAUAACUGUGUGUGUUGAUGGAGUCUUGUUUUCUUAGAAUAAUGGGAAUGCAGACUCAAGAAGAUACUGUACUGUGCUAACAUAUUCGUCUAUAAAGGAUAUUCUGUGGAACUUACACUACCAGCUAAACUUUUAUUUGUGAAGUUAAUAUGUUCCUUGAUCCAAUUAUUCAAAACUCUCAAGUCUCAGCUCAACCUACAAACUCUGAUUUGAAUAUUACCCAUAAAUUAAAAAUGACUUCCAUGAACCACUCUGGCUUCCAAAGGGAGUCCUCAUUAAAUAUUUCCCAGAAUAGAUUCGCUAUUAAGAAAAUUCCAAUCUUUGCCUCUUUAACUCAGUUGAAACCCCAGGGCCCAACCCUGAGGGCCAGCUGAGCCUCUGUAUUUCCAGAUAAAAGUCAUUAUCGAUGUAUAAAUUCAUUGUGUGAUCUGUGAUGCUGGAAACAUUUUAGCGCAAAACAGCCGUGUGUCAUAGGUGAUACCUGUAAACAGUUUCCAGAGCCUGUUGGAUAAAUCUGUAUUGUGAUGUUUAUUUGACCUGAAUAAAGUUAUUGCCUACAAUGCUGGCUGGA